AUAUAUGUAUGCUUCGGAAGCUUCGGGAGGGAGGAUUACUCUUUGUAGACCUUAUCAUUUUAAAUAGCAGUCCAUAGAUACAAAUAGCAGUGAUUGGAUUAUGGCUGUGUUUGGCGAUCCCUUCCGGCGCUUUAUCCUGAGCCCCACAGUGUACCGCUCAUCGCCCGGAUCAACGGCUCUCCUUGACUGGUUCGAAUCCCCCACCGCCCACUUCUUCAAAAUCAACGUUCCUGGAUACAACAAGGAGGAUGUGAAAGUGCAGGUUGAGAACGGCAACAUACUCGUGAUUAGAGGUGAAGGUGGGAAAGCUGAAUUUGGGGAAGCUAAAGACAAAGAGAAAGACAUCGUUUGGCAUGUGGCGGAGAGGAAUACAUUUGGAAAUGGGAAAGGGGAGUUCUACAGAGAGAUUGGGCUGCCUGAAGAUGUCAAGCUUGAUCAGAUCAAAGCGCAGCUCCACAACGGCGUGCUUACGGUGAUUGUACCCAAAGAUGCAACCAACAAACCUCCCAAGCUCAGGAACAUCAACGUCACUACCAAACUCUGAAUCUUCAAUCACUCUCUCUUUAUAUAUCCCUCUCCAGUCUAGUGAGACCAUAUUCAAUAAUCAUGUGAAUUUUCACCAUCAUUUUUUACUUCUUUCCGAAUUUAAGUGCUGUCAUAUUACACUGUCUUUUCAAGAUUACAAUCAAACACUCGUUUGGAUAA